UACUAGUAGAGUAACUAGCGAGUGGUCAAACCACGCGAUUCGUCGCUUGGCUGCUUUUCCACUCGGGGCUUCAUAACUAUUUAUUCCGAUUGUCCUGACGUAUUUGUGAAUGAAAAAACGGCAUCCUGAUGCAAAUCACGGCGAGAGAUGACGUUGACAAACAACCGAAGCCGGUAAAACACCAGAACCGACGCAAGCCGGAAAUCGUCCAGAAUAUAGUGAAAUCUGACCUCUAUCAGGCUCUCUUCCCGGCCUACCAUUUCAACAAAGUAUGUGGUCUCCUUCCUGUCAGUUUCACAAAAUUAAACUCCGGAAGAUAUUGCGGACGCUUGAAUUACCUCGAAGUUACGUACAGCGUGGGACUGCUGUUGCUCCUGAUAUGCGCCGAAUUCUGGGGCCUCUGGAGAGACCUUCACCACGGUUGGGAAAACAGUACGAGGAUGAAAUCGAAAACGGCUGUGGUGGUCACUUGUAGCGACAUUAUGGCGAUCGCUGGACUCGCGGCAAUUUCCAUUUUGGGCAUGCCUCUCAGAUGGAGCAAGAUACAGAACAUCAUGGAUCGACUCGUCGAGGUGGACGAGAAGCUUACCAUCGUAUCACCUAAAAAGACUCGAAGAUUCUGUAUAAUCAUUAUGUCCGUGACGUUGAUCUACUUCAACGCGCUUUCCAUAAUCGACUAUUACGUCUGGGAUGUGCAAGCGAAGAAAGUGAACAAGAUAAAGGACAAGGGAGCGAUUAAUUACGUGCCCCUUUACUUUUUGUACGUCCCUGUAUUGAUGAUGGAGAUCCAAAUAGCACUAGCAGCGUACAAUUUGGGCCAAAGAUUCGCUCGGUUGAAUAAAUGUUUAGGAAACAUGUUGAAGACCGAGCGUUUUGCAAACUUCUUUUCGAACGAUCUUAUCCCAGGUGACUUCAACGAACACGGCCAAUUCAGAACUGUUAUCAGGGGGGAUCUCAGAGGGGAACCCUUGUUUCGAAUACGGAAAAUAUCUGACAUAGAGCUUAUCAGAAGCGGCAGCAACAACUCCGCGGAGAUGAUAUACGACCUAGUAACGGUCCAUUCCUCAUUGUCAGACACGGUGCUCGUGAUCAACAGCGUCUUCGGCCUGCCAGCUCUCGUCGCGGUGCUCACCUGCCUCCUCCACCUAAUUAUCACCCCCUACUUUCUGAUACUUGAAGCCAAUGGGGACCAUAACGAAAUGUUCCUCGUCGUUCAGUUGAUGUGGUGCAUCGGGCAUGUAGGCAGAUUAUUGAUAGUCGUCCAGCCGUGCUACGCAGCCUCCGUUCAGGCGAAGGGAACGGCAGUUCUCGUGAGUCAGCUGCUGUCGGUUAAUUGGGAGCCAGACGUUCGGAAGCAAUUAGAAAUAUUCUCUCUCCAACUAUUGCACAGGCCGUUGGAGUUCUCGGCUUGCGGACUUUGUUCCCUGGACAGAUCGCUCGUGACUUCGAUCGCAGGAGCGGUGACCACUUACCUCGUCAUUCUGAUACAGUUCCAAAAGGACGAUGACACCAAAGAGACGAAUACAAUCCUGAAGAACGCGACGAUGCUGUUGAGGAACGCAACGACACUCCACAACGCAACGGCAAAGCAACUUUAAUCCCUCAAAUUCGGAUUCCCUCACGGUUGUCAUUAGGAGUUUCGUACAAGUUUAAUAUAACAUAAUACAUGUCACUGCGGCACGGGGGGUUUCGCAGGAAGACGAGGACUCUCGUAAUACGACUGUGAACCAGGCGUACCUCGAGUCGUGUUUCGAAUGCAAUAUUUCCUGCAUUUAGUACUUUCUGCGAUAGAGAGAGAGAGAGAGAGAGGAGAAAAAGUGAAAUAUUAAUAUAUCCGCACGUAGAGUAUAAAAAACUUGCAUAUGAAACUCGAGCCCGUGAUUUGCCUUGUCUUUGGACAAUCGGGCCUCGAAAUUCUACCUUCGCAAUAACCAGGUAUACGCAUUUGCGAGUGCUCAUAUCUCGACGUUUCGAAGCGAUGAACUAGAUACGUGCAUUCAUGAUAAAAAGAUUCAUAUUCACGAAAAAUAACGAACGCGACAAAUCUGGCCGGAUUCGAGGAAAGGUGUAAAGUAUGGCGGCGUUCGAAUCACUUUUCAGAAUCUUAUGUCACUCUCCUUGACAAAGGAUAAUAUCUAUAUUGGGACCGGAUACGUCAAGGCAAGUAACAACGAGGGGCAGAAUGGCGGAUGGCCGUGACGGGCGAAGUGAUUUUUCCGACCAAACUUUUUCAAUAUCAGUGUAAUGCAGAGUAACGUUUGUGCCAUUUCUUAUUUCGCUCUAUUUUGUAGUCCCCAAAAAAAUUGAUAUCUAUGUUUAUUUUCCGGAUUUAUAGAGUUCUGCGGAAAGAUUACACAAAUGUAUGUAUUCGGAGAUUUACUUUUUCUCACGCGGCUUUUUGCUUUAGCUUCUAGAAAUCCCUAUAAAGUAUGGUCGCUAUAACGAGAGUAACAAGAAUUCGUUGAAUACCGGAUGCACCAGGGUUGGUAUGAAUAGCGUUUCAAAUAUAAUAUGUAUUGAUUGAACAUCGAUAGUUGCAGGAUUAAUAAAGAAUAUUUCGAAGUAUACAAAGUUGGCAAAGACAACUAUGAAACUAUUCACCGAAUGCAGACAAUGCUGCACCUGGUUGAAUUCCAUCGAUUAUAUUAAACGCUGAAAGCUUAAUAGACACAACUCUGAAAUUGGAAUAUCGCUGCGAUAGAACCGUGGGAAACACCAAGGAUAAAAUGUGAAUUCGAUUAAUAUCGUAGCUUUGAUCUACCGCUAGCUGCUGUACAUGAAAUUCCUCGAAUUAACGAUUGGUACAGUGGUAAAAUCUUGUCAUCGAAAUUGCCAACUUCGAAUAUCCAGAGAAAUUGAACUACCGUAUCACAUACAACACCAAUAUAUCCGAAUAAAAAGCAGUUCGCAGUUAUGAUGGAAAAUCUAAUACCACCGUAAGUAAAAGCCUCUUUUAUUUUACAGCCAACAAAUGACUGAUCCGACACUGGCUUAUCUUGCUAUCCGAUCAAUCAAAUCCCAAGUACUACUUCUGUUGCACCGGCGUUGAGGUCGCGCAGUUUCUCAAUAUUAAAGAAGCUCACUGAUCAGCCCCAAGCUUUGAGGAUGAAUCAAGCGUCGUUUGAGCCGCGGCUGCCACGACACCGUGCACCAGUAAUUACUGGGAGCAGCCCUGAUUGUCCGCCUUCCAAUUUCAGUCCAGGCGUCGCGACGCUAAUCAGGAUGAGCCGGUUCAGAGACUCCGAUUGAGCAGCAAGCAGCUGGAAAAAAUGAUGUACGCAUUUCUUUCCGUGGUUUGGUCGAGUCACAUCGACGCCGCGACGCCACAAAGUGCCCGGCAGCCACCUGCAGGACCUUUUCAUCUCGAUCGCGGCGUGCGUCGUAUUUCAAUGAACGUAUUUCAGUGCUCUCCGCACCCUCUUCGCUCUUCCAUUCUUACGAGAAGAGGGCCUCUUAGAAAGAAGCCUCUAGUCGAGUGUCAAAAGCUCUGUUCAUCGGUGAAUUGGGUUUUGUUCAGCCAUCGACUCCCCGUCCUGUCUUGAGACACGCCUGGAAAGCUAUUUCCGCUGUGACAAACUACCGUGAACUGUUCAUUCGCACCAGUUUCACGUCUCAGAAUGUCGCGAAUCCUUCGAGGAGCUAAGCCUGUAAUUGCAAACAGCGCAAGCUCAUUUCUUAGGUCUUAGUUGCAUGGAUUUUUAAAUUGAUCAAAUACAUCCAAAUGUAUAGUUUUCGAGUCCACAUGAGUUUACUUUCUUAUUAUUUUAUUCUAAUGAUCUACAC